AUGACGAAAGCCCAGCCACUAUUUAGUAGGAUUGCUAUUGUAGGCGGCGGUCCAGCAGGACUUGCUGCCGCCAAGGCGCUUGCUAUGGAGCCAGUUGAAUUCGCAGCAAUCGAUGUGUUUGAGAGAAGAGACCACAUAGGUGGGUUGUGGUAUCACAAUGGAAACAAGUCAUUGAUUCAUCCUCAUGUGCCUAGUACGGAUCCCCUAGCCGGCGAGAUUGCUGAUAAGAAUGCCACAACCUCAGAUUUGUAUUUUUCGGCAAUAUACAAGUUUAUGGAAACAAAUAUCAGCCACUCAUUGAUGCUGUACCGUGAUGACCCCUUCCCUAAAGGAACAUUUACUUUUCCGGAGAGGAGCAAGGUUUGGAAGUACAUUGAGGAUUAUGCCGCAACUAUCCCCCAUGAAAUGGUCAACAUACUGAAAAACUCUAAUGUUACUCGUGUCGAAAAAGUGAAUAAAGUUUGGGAGGUUGAUGUUGAGAUUGAUGACAAGUCACUGUCUUGCUUAGAAUAUGAUGCUGUGAUUAUCGCUAAUGGCCAUUUCAACACCCCGUUCAUCCCAAAUGUUGAAGGAUUGUCUGAGUGGAAUGAAAAUAUCCCCCAUUCCAUCCUCCAUUCAAAGUAUUUUGAGUCACCAAAUACUUAUAGAGGAAAAACAGUGUUGGUGAUUGGAAAUGCAGCUAGUGGUGUUGACAUCUCGACCCAGCUUAGCACUGUUGCGCAACAAGUUUACGUUUCAGUACGUGAUUUAGACAACAUUGGAUUUCAAAAUGAUUUGAUCCAGUACAUUGAUUUGAUAGAGAGAUAUGACUGGAAACAAAAAUCUGUUGUAACAAAGUCCGGAGAUACACACGACAACAUUGAUGUUGUGAUUUUUUGCACUGGUUAUUUGUACAGUAUGCCAUUUUUGCAAAGUGAUGUUAUAAAAGAAGGAACUCAAGUUUACGAUUUAUACAAGCAAAUUUUCAAUAUUUAUGAUCCGUCACUCACAUUUGUUGCUUUGCUAAAGAAUAUCAUUCCUAUGCCUUUGUCGGAGUCGCAAUCGGCAUUGAUUGCCAGAUAUUAUAGUGGAAGGUACGAGCUUCCCAGCGUGGACGAGAGGCAAAAGUCGUAUGAGAAAGAUUUGGCUGAAAAGGGAAGUGGGUCCAAGUUCCAUUUGUAUGGGUACCCUCUAGAUGUGGAGUAUUAUCGACACUUGCAAGAGUUGAUUGAUAAGCAGGGGUUGCGAACUCCUGGACUAGUUGCACCUAUUUGGGAUAAGGAAUUGACGUACGAACGUCUGGUAUCUGGAGAAUUGAAGGGCAAAAGGUUACAACAACUCGUGGAUCAUGUUAAGAAGUUGAGAUCAGAGGGGAAAGAUUUCGAAUUACCGCAAUAG